GCGCGCUCCCGACGCCGGAAGUAGCCCUUGGUGUGAGUGAACCAACCGGAGCAGUGAAGCACCGAGGCGGACCGGACUCACCGGGGAGAAGAGGAGCCGGUGGACGGAGGAAUGACCCGUACCUGAGUCUCUGCCACGGCUCUGAUAUCUCUCACCUGACGUUGGUCACUGUGGACGUUUUCAUAUCAAGAGGCUGACGGACCAAGUGUGUUUCCAGGCAGGAGUGUGUUGUUGUGACUGAGCCGGUGUUUGAGCGGCGGAGUGUGUGUGUGAGUGAGUGUGUGUGUGUGUGUGUGUGUGUGUGAGCAGCUCUCCCUAUGUGUGUCACAAUGGGGGACAUCAGUGACCUGGACCGACAGAUAGAGCAGCUCAGACGCUGUGAGCUCAUUAAAGAAAACGAAGUCAAGGCCCUGUGUGCCAAAGCCAGAGAGAUUCUGGUUGAAGAAAGCAACGUCCAGAGAGUGGACUCUCCUGUCACAGUGUGUGGUGAUAUACAUGGUCAGUUCUAUGACUUGAAGGAGCUCUUUAGAGUUGGUGGUGACGUCCCAGAGACAAAUUAUCUCUUCAUGGGAGACUUUGUGGACCGAGGCUUCUACAGUGUGGAGACCUUCCUCCUUCUGCUAGCUCUUAAGGUGCGUUAUCCAGACAGGAUAACGUUGAUCCGGGGGAACCACGAGUCCCGUCAGAUCACGCAGGUUUACGGCUUCUACGACGAAUGUCUCCGCAAAUACGGUUCAGUCACAGUCUGGAGGUACUGCACCGAGAUCUUUGACUACCUGUCUCUCUCUGCUAUCAUUGAUGGGAAGAUCUUCUGUGUGCACGGCGGCUUGUCGCCCUCCAUCCAGACUCUGGACCAGAUCAGGACCAUCGACAGGAAACAGGAAGUUCCUCAUGACGGCCCCAUGUGUGACCUGCUGUGGUCAGACCCUGAAGACACCACGGGGUGGGGGGUGAGUCCCCGGGGAGCCGGCUACCUGUUUGGUAGUGAUGUCGUGGCUCAGUUCAACGCCGCCAACGACAUCCACAUGAUCUGUAGAGCUCACCAGCUGGUCAUGGAGGGAUACAAGUGGCACUUCAACGAGACCGUGCUCACCGUCUGGUCCGCACCCAACUACUGCUACAGAUGUGGGAACGUGGCGGCCAUCUUGGAGCUGGAUGAACAUCUACAGCGGGAGUUCAUCAUCUUCGAGGCGGCGCCGCAGGAGACCCGAGGCAUCCCCUCCAAGAAGCCGGUAGCAGACUACUUCCUGUGAGGAGCCGGACCAGAGCGUCGGGUCUCUGGCUCCACUUCACAGCAGCAGAUCUUCAUGGUGACGAAGUGAGAGCCCAGAGAGUCAACAGCUGGAUGUUUCCUCCUGCAGGAGGCUGACACUCACUGUGAAGGUGUCGGGGGGCGAGGAGGACUCUGGCCACUCCUCCUCCUCCUCCUCCUGCUCUUCAUCUCUCUCUCUUUCUCUACAUGCCACACUUCAACACUCUUAGUACUUUUUCCAUGACGAACACUGUCCCUGUUUAGUUUUAGAGUCUCUGGAAGGAGUCCAGUGUGUCUUUUUCCCUCUUUUUUAAUAUGCAGAUGUUGGAAGUUUAACAGUUUUAUCAUUCAAGAAAUUCCUUCAGUGCAUAAGUUCUUUGUGUUGUUUUUUUUUUUUUGAUUUUUGUAUAAUUGUUGCUGCCAGGAUUAUUAAAUGCAAAAUGACGUAUUCCUUCACCUCCUUUCUGCUCCUGUGUUUGUGUGUGUGGGUAUUUAACACCGUCAGAGGAAAACACACCACCACUCUCCAUAUUUACAUUGUUUUCUCUCUUAAUUCCUUUUAAUCUACAAACCUCUGUAGGUCUCUCAAUUUUGAUAUUGUGAGAAUAAAGUUUUUGUAUCAAU